AGUCGUGAGAAAUGUAUCAGUGAAGACAGUGUGAAUAAUGAACAACAGGAGAAAAAGUGAUUAAUUCAAGAAAAUAUUGAUAAACCACUAUAUACAAGUAAAAAUCAAGUGAAAAAGAAGAAGAAGAAAAAAAGGAAUAAAUAAAACUACUGAAAAAAUAAAAAUAAAAGCUGUAAUUGAGUUGAUUCUUAAUCUAUUAGUGUUCAGAAGUUCAACAUACGUAAGCAUAAGAGAUCGUUUUAAACUAAAUAAAUAACAGUUUGCAGCUGAGGAAUAACAGUGAAAAUGGAAGAAAUAAAAUUUGCUAAAGGAAAAUGGGAAUCCUCUAAAAGUAAUUGAAAAUUGAAAAAGAAAGGAAUAAUUGGUCAUCAGUCGAUUCAAGCACAGCUAUCAGUAAAUAGUGUUAAUAAAAAAAAUCAUUCUUUAAGUGUUGAAUAAAAGAAAUGUUUGCAUAAAUGCAAGUUCGUUUUGACGUGCCAAAAGAAAAGAAAAGAAAAGUUACAGGAGCCACAAAUAAUGAAAUUCCAGAAGUGAAAAGAAUUAAUUGAAAAGUUAUUUUUUGUUUUGCUCGGGUCGCGAUUAAAAAUAUUAUCCACCGUGAUUCAAUCUUGUGAAAAAAAGUGAAGAAUAAAGUACGAUUAAAAGCGCGAGAUUAAAUAAUCAUCUAGAAACGCGAAUCUUUUAUGAGUGGCAUGAACGAAAGUCCCGGAAACCGGAGAUCCGCGUGAAGUCUUCAAAUAAACAAAACAGCCUCCUCCAUGAAUCAGUUGUGGCAAAAUGGUACGCGAGACUCGACAUCUUUGGGUUGCAAAUUUGCCCGAUAAUACACGCGAAGAUCGAAUAAGGGAGCAUUUUCAAAGGUAAAAUAUAUUCAUCCAUUAUGAUAAUUCUACAUUUUAUCUAUGUUUGGAAUAAUAGGAAAAAUUUUGAAACUCCUUGCGAAAGAAAUUCUUUUUCUAAGAUUCAAUUAUUAAAGAAACAUUUAUGUGUAAGCCUACUUCACUUUCAUAUGUAUAGUUGAACAAUUCAAGGUGCAUUCAAGAAGAUUCCCUGUCGUUCAAACUAGCAACAAAUUAAGCUUUAGUCCCCUUAAAACUUUUUGAAAAAUAAUCUCACGGGAAGGGAAUGAUGACGAACCAUAUUUCUCACCCUUCCCGCUUCCUUGUCUCAUAAUCGAAAACAAAAAAUGUCAUUGUCAUUCUUCAUCAUCUGGCAAAUUUCGCUUGAUGUAAUGAGUUUAAGUUAAAAGUUCCUUGCUUUUCUGGAUCUUUUCGCUUCUUUUCCAACUAGAAUACGCACUGUCGAGUGACUGCUAUGGCAAACACGUAAGAAAAAACUUUUUUCUUUUCUUUUAAAAGAAAAAAAAAAUAAAAUGAAAGAAAUUGGUAUUAUAAAAAUAAUAACCCGAAAUCUUAGCUACAUAACAAUUCCAAGUCUUUAUAUUUCGUCGUUUCAUUUCUUCUUGAAGAAAAACGCUAAGAAUGAGAUAUGUGUAUAUAUGAUGGAGAUUCACAAACGACACACUAUACACAGUCAGAGUCAGAGCCCAUUUGCUAUCGUCGUCGUUGUUGUUGAUUCUGUGUAUAUUAUUUUAUUUUUUUCGGGGCCACAAAAGCAAGAAAAACGAGAAAAUAAUAAUACCCAAGCACCAAAGCGCUCGUUGCUGCUUCGAAGCCAACGCCCGAAUGUUUCUGAAAAAGUCGACACGGGCAGGCAAAAAUUCAUCAUUUAAUACGAAGAGAAAAAGAAGAAAAAAA